AUGCGCACUUCCCGCUUCGUGCGCUUUAUCCGCGUCUGCAGCUUCCCCACGUUCUUUUCGUCUGGCGCCGCUGACAUGUGCGGGCUAGUGAGUGAGCGCAGUCCUCACGGUGCCUACAGCAUGCCGACUUCCUCCCCGGGCCCGGGCCUCAGCUACUCCUGGCCCAAGACGUGGGGUUCGGAUCCGGCUCUUCAGAGCGCCCCGGGCGUCCGACCUCCCAGGCCUUCGCCGCCGGGCUUUGAGAGCGAGUUCUCCCAGGAUCGCCACGACGCGAGCAGCAAUGGGAACCCGCGCCUCCCCCACCUCUCCUCCGCGGGGCAGCACCUCUACAGCCCCGCGCCGCCCCUCUCUCAUACUGGAGUCGCCGAGUACCAGCCACCACCCUACUUUCCACCGCCCUACCAGCAGUUGGCUUACUCGCAGUCGGCCGACCCCUACUCGCAUCUGGGAGAAGCUUACGCCGCUGCCAUCAACCCCCUGCACCAGCCGGCGCCCACCGGCAGCCAGCAGCAGGCCUGGCCGGGUCGCCAGAGCCAGGAGGGGGCUGGCCUGCCCUCGCACCACGGGCGCCCGGCCGGCCUGCUACCCCAUCUCUCCGGGCUCGAGGGUGGCGCCAUGAGCGCCCGCAGGGAUGCCUACCGUCGCUCCGACCUGCUGUUGCCCCACGCGCACGCCCUGGACGCCGCGGGCCUGGCCGAGAACCUGGGGCUCCACGACAUGGCGCACCAGAUGGAGGAGGUGCAGAAUGUCGAGGACCAGCACCUGCUCCUGCAUGAUCAGACUGUUAUUCGCAAAGGUCCCAUUUCAAUGACCAAGAAUCCGCUGAGUCUCCCUUGUCAGAAGGAGCUGGUAGGGGCUGUGAUGAAUCCCAGCGAGGUCUUCUGCUCGGUCCCUGGAAGACUGUCCCUCCUCAGCUCCACGUCUAAAUACAAAGUGACAGUUGCUGAGGUCCAGAGGCGAUUGUCCCCGCCUGAGUGCUUAAACGCCUCGUUACUGGGAGGUGUUCUCAGAAGAGCCAAAUCUAAAAAUGGAGGCCGGUCCUUGCGGGAGAAGUUGGACAAGAUUGGGUUGAAUCUUCCCGCCGGGAGACGGAAAGCUGCCCACGUUACUCUCCUGACGUCCUUGGUAGAAGGGGAGGCUGUGCAUUUGGCUCGGGACUUUGCCUAUGUCUGUGAAGCCGAAUUCCCCAGUAAACCAGUGGCGGAGUAUCUAACCAGACCUCAUCUUGGAGGGCGGAAUGAGAUGGCCGCGAGGAAGAACGUGCUUCUGGCGGCACAGCAAGUGUGUAAAGAGUUCACAGACCUUCUCAAUCAAGACCGAACGCCCAACGGGAACAACCGACCCACCCCGGUCUUGGAGACAAACAUCCAGAACUGCCUGUCUCAUUUCAGCCUGAUUACCCACGGGUUUGGCAGCCAGGCGAUCUGUGCCGCUGUGUCUGCCGUGCAGAACUACAUAAAAGAAGCCCUGAUAGUCCUAGACAAAUCCUAUAUGAACCCCGGGGACCAGAGUCCGGCUGAUUCCAGCAAAACCCUGGAGAAAAUGGAGAAGCUCCGGAAGUAAGACGGGAGUGAGCCACGGGGCCGAAGAGUCUGGAGGGAAAAGGGCCUCCGAAGGCGUUCUCGACCCGGACAGACUGGGAACCCCUCUUGCCUGGGGACAGUUGGUUACCCACCUUCCCAUUAAAAAGGCCUCCAGUGAUUCCUGGAUCGUUUACGUGCCCUCCUGGAUUCCUUAGUGUUAUUUCUGUAGCGCUGAAGUGUGCGUCUCCUUGACUCUGGACAAGUCACUGGAAGGUGACAAGUAUUGUUUGAUUCUUUUGAGACCCAUUGUUUUCUCUGAAAGUGGUGCUACAAGUUUUAGAACCUUUUAAAUCCGUUCCCCGGGCUCACGAGAAAACCCACACGCGUAGCUGUUCAAAUAUCUGAUCGAUGGCCAUUCACAUCAACGGUAACUUGCAGUGUUAAGGUAAUGGUUGGCUUCUGGCGUGCACUAAAGAUUUAUCUAAACAAAGUAUUUAUCCGGCUUCUAGCUUCUUGAGAUGUCAAAUCCUGCAUACAGUAGGAAGCAAAGAUCCUCUCUGCUCAGCAACCAGCUUAUUAAUAGCUGGUAUUUGACACACAAACCCCUUGUUACAAGGGGCUCUUUGGGUUUUUACGAAACU